UGAUGUGUUAAUAAAAUAAUUGUCCUGAAUCUGUUUCAGCUUAUGACUGACUGCAUCUACAUGAGCACAACAAUCAGUGUUGCUAUUGGAUCAGAAAACUUCACUAUCUCUGGGAAGCAGUUAAUAGAUCCUGGUUUUACUAAGAUCAUGGAUUGGUUAGCCUUACAAGAGGAAGAGAAAUUACCUGACCUUAAGUCUGGAGAUGAUUUGGCUAUCAUUGAGUCAAAACUCAGUGAGCGACAAACGUCGCCCCCAGAUUACUUGACUGAGUCAGAAUUGAUUAGUCUCAUGGAAAAGCAUGGCAUUGGCACAGAUGCUUCAAUUCCUGUCCAUAUCAACAAUAUCUCCCAAAGAAAUUAUGUGCAAGUGGCAACUGGGCGUAAAUUGGUGCCUACUAAUCUGGGCAUUGUCUUGGUUCAUGGCUAUCAAAAGAUUGACCCUGACCUGGUACUGCCUACUAUGAGAAGUGCAGUUGAAGAGCAGCUGAACUUGAUUGCUGUUGGGAAAGCAGAGUUUGACUCUGUUCUGACACACACACUGGAGAUAUUUCAGCUGAAGUUCCAGUACUUUGUCAAGAAUAUAGAAGGCAUGGAUGAGUUGUUUGAAGUGACAUUUUCACCACUGUCUGCUAGUGGUAGACCACUAUCAAGAUGUGGUAAAUGUCGUCGUUACAUCAAGCUUGUGGAGACUAAACCUGUCCGUCUCCACUGUGUGACGUGUGAUGAAACUUUUGCUGUGCCUCAGAAUGGUGUUAUACGAGAGUUUCAGGAGAACAGGUGUCCUUUAGAUGACUUCCAGCUAUUGGUAUGGUCUGGUGGAGCCAAGGGGAAGAGUUAUACCUUCUGCCCUUACUGCUACAACAAUCCCCCUUUCCAGUGUGAUGUCAUCAUAAACCUCUUCGACAAAGCCAGCAAGGUUCAAGUUCUUGAAGAUACCUGUGAGAUGUGUGGUUCACAAACAGUCAAUGUUGAAUAUAAGGAGGGCAAAAGUAAACUGAGAGAAGGACAAUUAACAGCCAGUGGAUGUAUAUUCUGCAGCACACUACUGAUACCCCUGGUGGAAAAGCACAGAGCUUCUCAAGAUGGUAGUCGUGGUAGAGGAAGGGGCAGAGGGAGAGGAAGAGGGGCAAGCAGAGGAGGGCGAGGGGGCAGUAGAGGUGGACGAGGUCGUAGUAGUGGAAGAGGAAGAAGAUAGUUUUAAGUUUGCUUUUGUAAAUAAAAGUUCAAAUAUC